UGGGCCUGUUUAUCCUCCCUCCAUACCAUCCAUACCAUAUAUAUCUUUCCAAUCCAAUCCCAACCCUAGCGGAGCCCCCAAACCAAACCAAACCAAACCAAAGGAGAAAUCGAACCCUAUCCUCUCCUCCCCGCAGCCGCCCAAAACCCUAGCGCCGGAUCUUUCUCUGCAGCUCCUCUCCCCCUACCAACCGGAUUCAUCCGUCAAUCCAUCCAUCCAUGAUGGGGGAGGCCAAGGAGAACGACGUGUACGAGGAGGAGCUGCUCGACUACGAGGAGGACGACGACAAGGCCCUCGACGCCUCCUCCACCGCCAACGCCAAGCCCGCCGCCGACGCCGCCCAGGCCAAGAAGGGCUACGUCGGCAUCCACAGCUCCGGAUUCCGCGACUUCCUCCUCAAGCCCGAGCUGCUCCGGGCCAUCGUUCCUUCCUCCACAUCAGUGCAACAUGAGUGCAUCCCUCAAGCAAUCCUCGGAAUGGAUGUCAUCUGCCAAGCAAAAUCUGGGAUGGGGAAGACUGCUGUCUUUGUCCUGUCGUCUCUCCAGCAGAUCGAUCCUACUGCUGGUCAGGUGGCAGCGCUCGUAUUGUGCCACACCAGAGAGCUGGCUUACCAGAUUUGCAACGAGUUCGAGAGGUUCAGCAAAUUUCUGCCCGAAUUAAAGGUUGCUGUAUUCUAUGGAGGUGUUCACAUCAAGAAACACCAGGAUUUGCUCAAGAACGACUGCCCCCACAUUGUUGUGGGCACACCUGGGAGGAUUCUAGCUCUAGCUAGAGACAAGGACCUUUCUUUGAAGAAUGUGAGGCAUUUCAUUCUUGACGAGUGUGACAAGAUGCUUGAGUCACUGGACAUGCGGAGGGAUGUCCAGGAGAUUUUCAAGAUGACACCUCAUGAUAAGCAGGUCAUGAUGUUUUCGGCAACUCUCAGCAAGGAGAUCCGUCCCAUUUGCAAGAAAUUUAUGCAAGAUCCUAUGGAAAUUUAUGUUGAUGAUGAGGCAAAGUUGACCCUUCAUGGUCUUGUUCAGCACUAUAUAAAAUUGACAGAGUCAGAGAAGAAUCGAAAAUUGAACGAUCUCUUGGAUGCUCUUGAUUUCAACCAAGUUGUGAUAUUUGUGAAGAGCGUUAGCAGGGCUGCAGAGCUGAACAAGUUGCUGUGUGAAUGCAACUUCCCUUCAAUCUGCAUCCAUUCUGGCAUGACCCAGGAAGAGAGGCUGACCCGAUACAAGAACUUCAAGGAAGGGCACAAGAGGAUUCUUGUGGCGACGGAUUUGGUUGGCAGAGGAAUCGACAUUGAGCGUGUCAACAUUGUGAUAAACUAUGACAUGCCUGAUUCAGCUGAUACCUACUUGCACAGGGUUGGAAGGGCUGGGCGUUUUGGCACCAAGGGGCUCGCCAUAACUUUUGUUUCGUCGGCCUCGGACUCGGACGUCCUUAACCAGGUGCAAGAACGGUUUGAGGUGGACAUCAAGGAGCUGCCUGAGCAGAUUGACACUUCAACAUACAUGCCUUCGUAGACGGCAACCACCCGCCCUGACAUUGCAAGGAGGGAGGAUGGAAGGAGAAGAUGGAAUCCUUGAACGUUUGCUUGAAGUGAUGUUGUUUUUUGCCUGCCCUGCCCUGCGCUACUGCUGUGGAGGCAGCAGCAGCAGCUGUACCCUAUUUAGUCUGUUAUUUAGUCUGAGAGAUGUUGGUUUGUUACUUAGGCCAAAUGAUGAAAUGAUUUUACUUGUGCUAGAAUUGGAUGGAUGGAUGAAUGUAUGAUGCAUGGUUUGCUUUGAAAUUUUAAAAAAUCAUGAUUAUUACCCAA